AUGGCAUACCAGAUGGAGUGGGCGGACAGCUACCGCUUCGCUCCGUCCGGUCCCAUGCCGCUCUCAAAUUACCCAAAGUCAAUCAUUGGGUUCUCGGAUGCCAUGUUCGCCGCGCCAGAGCCAGAGGCACAUGCAUACUUCAGGGUGUCAAAAAGGAAAGCCAGCACUGCAUGUGAGGCAUGUAAAGUGGCCAAGAGAAAGUGUGAAGGCGGCCCGCCAUGCUCCAGCUGUGUCAAAGCGGGAACCGCCUGCGACCACGAUUUCAUGAGAGACGGACGACGACAGUGGAAAGUCUUUGAGAAGGGGCGAAAGGCGCGCCUCUUUGACGUGCUGGUCGGUUGGAUGAGGAGAGCAGAGCCGUCGACCGCCCUCGUCUUGUUCCAGAAGGUCAAGGACUCGUGGUCGGAGGAUGAGGUCCUCGAUUUUUUGGAGACCGUCUGCUCAUCAGUGUCCAGCGGCGGUCCGGCGGGGUCCGACGACGACCGCGCAAAAGAUGCGAUGCGUACGGGAGCGAAGACGCCGGUCGCUACAGUGCUCAUGAUUCCCGGGACUGAUCUUUGUGAUGCCGAUUCAUACGAUCAAGGUCUAGCUGGGUACGUGGUAUCUUCACCUUGGGAUAUCGACCGACCGUUCUGGAUGUUGCUCGAGUUUAGCCUAAAAGGGAAAGGUGGCUGCGCAGGUCCGCAACAGCUUUCCAUGAAGGUGCUCCAGUACAGUAUAUUUGACGAUAUCAACACCGCGAGAUUGUAA